CAACACCAAAUUUAUCACCACAUCACGGCAACUCAUCCCUCUCCUCUCAAAGCCAUUCUCGGCGACCAACCUCUCUCCACUCCGCUCGUAGGGGCCUUGACUCCGUUUUCAAGUGCAAUUGGAGGUACAUCCUUACUUGCCCGCCAUGUUUUUCCGAACAGCAGCUACUCGCUCUAUCCUAAGAGCGGCAUCUAGCUCAAAUGUCUCUACUACACGCUUGGCUUUGUCCGGCACCAUUUUCAAGGCCCAAUUGACUUCGUCUGUCCGCCAACCGGCCGUUAUCCAUGCAACAUCCCUUGCUCUUGCACCCAGAAAACCCACUACGACCGCUCUUAUCCGAUAUGCGUCGACGGCUGCUGUCAAGACCAGCGACGCUGUACCACCGCCAAAAGCUGAGGAAGAGGAGGAUGUCGAUAUGAUGGCUGGUGUCAAGGGUGAUAUGAAAAUUAUCCGUGACACUUUCUCCCUAAAGGAUGUCCCCAAAGAAGCCUUGUAUCUCGGGCUAGCCGGUGUUAUUCCUUACGUUGCGACUUCGCUCCAAACUGUUUACUUGUCCUGGGAAAUGAAUAAUGCCAUUACCACCGGUAGCGGUCACUACAUAUCCGGACAGACUGCAGAGAUGAUGAUGAGCCUUAUUGAGCCUGUUCAGGUUGGAUAUGGUGCAGUGAUCCUCUCUUUCCUUGGCGCCAUCCACUGGGGUUUGGAAUGGGCGGGAUACGGGGGAAAGGCUGGCUACCGACGAUAUGCGACUGGUGUCAUCGCACCUGCUGUUGCUUGGCCUACCCUGUUCAUGCCCAUUGAAUAUGCCCUCAUCUCUCAGUUUUUUGCUUUCACCUUCCUGUACUAUAAUGACGCGCGUUCUGCGGUUAAGGGCUGGACUCCAUCCUGGUACCACAUGUAUCGCUUCGUCCUAACCUUCAUUGUCGGUGCCAGCAUCGUUAUGAGUCUGGUCGGUCGUGAGAAUCUUUCCACACACUACGAAUCCCGAAACGAACUGACUAAGAAGUGGAAGGAAUUGGAGCGCCUGGCGAAGGAGAAGGAGGCCGUCAAGGCAACCGAAUCCAGUGAAGAGCAAUAAAAUUCACAAGUCGCCCAAGUAUCUGUUUGUGUCAUAGGUUUAAGUACCCAAAAUUUCCACCCUCUCUAUGGCACUCCGAAGCCAUUCCAGCCAUUUCCUUAAUACCUUUUGUAAAUUAAAAAGAAAAGCAGAAAAAGGAAAAUAUAUCUCUCCAACCACGAAGCAAGACACUGCAUAUUUCAUUUGUAUAUAUACUGGCCAACAAUGGUUACCUUAUUCCUGCUAUUCUUCGUUGGAA